UAGCACUCCGUUGACAAGCGGAGGAAGUGCCCCGCCGUCGCGUCUUGAUGACGCACUCGCAGACGCGCCUUCGUCAACAUACACGAGGUUUCCUUCUUAUUUUGCGCUGCUGUAUUUUAUUUUUAGAGAUAAAUCCGACAUGGGGAAACAGAAGAAGCAAAAAUAUGCUUCAAUGAAAAGGAUGAUAAGUUUGAAGGACCAAAGAAUACAAGAGAAAGAUCGGCAAAAAAUACAGAAAAAGAAGAAAGAAGAUCCUGCAGCAAUCAAAGAGCAAGAAGUGCCAAAGUAUCCCUCGUGUAUGUUCUUCCAGUACAACACGCAACUUGGCCCUCCUUAUCACGUUCUCGUAGACACAAACUUCAUCAACUUCUCCAUUAAAGCUAAACUGGAUGUGGUUCAGUCGAUGAUGGACUGCCUUUAUGCUAAAUGUAUUCCCUGCAUCACAGACUGUGUUAUGGCUGAGCUUGAGAAACUUGGGAUGAAAUACAGAGUUGCACUAAGAAUAGCCAAGGACCCACGUUUUGAACGCUUGCCAUGCUCACAUAAGGGAACAUAUGCUGAUGACUGUUUAGUCCAAAGGGUAACUCAGCAUAAGUGUUACAUCGUGGCCACAGUGGACAGAGACCUCAAAAGGAGAAUUCGGAAGAUUCCAGGAGUCCCAAUUAUGUACAUAUCCAAUCACAGGUAUAACAUCGAACGCAUGCCAGAUGAUUACGGUGCACCAAGAUUAUAGUACAGCAAUGAUGGAAUAUAUAACUAUUCAAUCUUGUUUUGGAUUCUGUAAUAAAUCAGAGCGUUGUAUUCUCAA